AUGGCCAUCAAAGUACUCGAUAAGAAUACUAUUCAACAUCUGCAUUCUGGCCAAGUCAUUGUAGAUAUAGAAGCUAUUGUGAAAGAACUGAUCGAAAACUCACUAGACGCUCAUGCAACUUCCAUCGAGCUUGUAUUCAUAAACAAUGGUUUAGAAUCUAUUCAGGUCAAGGAUGAUGGUGACGGUAUUGAAGAAAACGACAGACUUUAUGUAGCCAAACGGCAUUACACCUCAAAACUAGCUACAUUUGAUGAUCUAGAAACACUUACAAGUUAUGGUUUCAGAGGAGAAGCGCUCAACUCCAUAUGCGCAGUAGCUGACCAUGUCAUCAUCAUGACCAAGACAAAAACAGAGGCUAUUGGAAAGCAAUACGACUUGGAUAAAGAAGGGGCCAUUUUAAAUGAAAAGCCCAUAAAUACAAUAUCAAAAUCAGGCACUGUGGUGACAUUGUACAAGCCAUUCUACAAUCUCCCUGUAAGAAGACAGCUGGCCCAGAAGAAUACCACUCAAAACAACAAAAAGUGUCAAGAGCUACUUAUCAAAUACGCCUUAGCGCACCCCAGUGUCAGGUUCUCAUUGCAUCUAGCCAGAGAUACAGUAGGAUACAGCUCCAAUAAUGCAAACAACUCUUGGGUAAAGCCUGUCACCGCAUCCAUCAAUCAAACACUUGCCGUCAUAUACGGAUCCCAAUUGGCAAACAUGGUAGAGAGAUUUGUUGAGACCGAUGAGAGCCAUCCCGCAUUAACUAUAGAUAUGAUUGUGCCCAAACAAAACUCAGAUCCUUCUGUCAUCUAUAAGGGAGGGGACCGUGUGUUUAUUUAUGUUAAUCAGAGGCCCAUCAACUAUGUGAAAUCAGAGCUGAAGGAGUUGGUAACAUGGAUCAGGGAUAAAUACAGAGAGGCUAUUGGUUUAAGUGAAAACAACAAAAAGAACCCAUUUAUUUAUAUGGAUAUUCAACUUCAACCAGAGGAAUACGAUGUGAACAUUGAGCCAAACAAGACCACCAUCUAUUUCCACAACAAACAGUUGAUUUGCGGCCUUGUCAAACGUAUGCUCAACAAGGCUUAUCCUAGCACUCUAGAUGCACUUUUUAACAAACAGGCUCAGAGCGAAAUAAACGACAAGUCAGAUACAAUAGAUUUGGAUCAGCAAGAAGAACCUCUGUUUGUAACACAGCCAUCGUCAAUAACAGAGACUAAUGUCCCUCCACCUCCAAUUCAAGUGGCUGAUCCACCACAACGUCUCUCGGCAUCACCAUCAGCAAAUAUAGACCACAGCUGGAGUUUCUCCAUGCUGAGCGACGAUGAAGAAGAAGAACCACUAGAAGUGACUCUCAGUACCGAGAAGGCUAAAUCCGACAAGCCAACAUUAAUCAAUACAACACCAAUGGCUAACUGGCAAAUUGAUACUGCAUCUUCAGUGAUAGAACCCACGACUGCCCCAUACAAAGCAGCAGACAAUACACCCAAACUUAUGCAAUCAAUACCAGAAAAUGAUACCAGCACCUCUGCUAGAAGUUCAUCAGCGCGGCCAUCCAGAGCUGCGCCUGUUCCUAAGACUAUUCCCACCUUUGUCACUCCACAAAAGCGAGCAGUAUCUUCAGGCGACGAUCUCUCUGCAAAUUGUGCUAAUAAGCGUAUAUCCUUACCAUACAUUACUAGACAAAGGGAUGCUCCGGGUUCUUUGGAACCAUCAGACAUUGUGGUGGAUCUCAUUGCACCAUCAUCAAGGCUGUCCACCACAUUACCAUCAUCUGCUCAAACACCAGCUAAAACUGUAUCAGUGGAACGCUUGACGCCAAAACCUACAUUCGUAUCGCCUUCUACCGGUCGAUCCACUACAACCAAACAACAGCGAUUGAUUCCUUCAACUGCACAGCCUACUCAAAACAAAGCCAUCCGUCAGCUUGGUUUACCGGAAGCAUUUAAACGAAAGGCUCAUAUUAAGAAUACACCAGCGUCGACUACUGUAGUUUCUCCAUCUACCUCAAUUACAUCGACACUCAAUCAGUCACUUGUCAUUCAAUGCGAUAUCGGCGAGAUCAAAGCCAACUACCCAAACUUCAAGAAACAGCAUGACAGGACACAUCUAUUAAGUAUAGCAGAUUACCUGGCUACGCAUUAUGAAAUACCGGAUAUUGAUACAAAUGCAAAAUUGGUCUCGACCACUCCAACAAACAACGGAUUAUCAUUCUACUCGCGCGGAGGUAUCUUUGAAUUAGGCGUGGUCAAGUUGAGGGCUUUAGGUGUCAAUGCCAUCUACAAUCAGCUCUUGAAGAAUCACAAGGUGAUUUGCAAAAGAAAGCUGAAUAGACCCGUGCAAAUUCAGUUUCGACCAGAUGAUUCAUUAUGUGCUGCCCUUAUAGGUCUAGAUACCAAAGAGGUUGUGGUAGAUGACGACCUUCAUGGCAACAAGGAAAUUGCUUAUUAUGAAAUCACGGAUGAAUGUAUAGUGAACAAUGGAUUCAAUGUGAGAUGGCGCAAAGACCCAAGCUCGCACAACCUCAUUUUUCAAUUCACUGGCAUCUAUUCACUUGAAUCUGCCUAUGGCCCUUCUGACUUUAGAGAGAUACUUUCGCUUCUGGACGGCUCCAGGCCCUUUGUUCGACCAGCAAAAAUAUGCGCUCACUUGUGGUCAGUUGCUGAAGAGAUGUACGAGCAGGACAAGAGCCCAAUUGAGUUACAAGUUGAACUGCAACAACUCAAGUGGACCCGCGACACAACAUCUGAGGACUCCAACUGGGAACUGGGCCUUUCCGAGAGUGGUCAUUUGUUGGCCUGUCGACUGUCCAAUGCAACAACGUUUCAGCCUUGA